GUUUUCAAAAUUUGGGAUGUUGAAGUUGUUUUGGAAAAGGUAGAGGAAAUCAACAGCAGCAGUGGUAGAAAAUGGCCACGGUUCAGGCGGUUUUAGGUAAUUUGUCGGUGGAAGAACGCCAUGUUCUGACGGCGGUGAACACUGGAGCAUCCACUCUAUCGCUGUUAGGUUCUGGAUUCAUAGUGCUUUGCUACUUAUGCUUUAAAGAGCUCCGAAAGUUCUCCUUCAAACUCGUUUUCUUCCUCGCUCUUUCAGAUAUGCUUUGCAGCUUUUUCAGCAUUGUUGGUGAUCCAUCUAAAGGAUUCUUCUGUUAUGCCCAGGGCUAUAGCACUCAUUUCUUCUGCGUGGCAUCUUUCCUAUGGACUACUACUAUUGCUUUUACACUUCAUCGUACAGUUGUCAGACACAAAGCUGACGUUGAGGAUUUUGAGCCCAUGUUUCACUUGUAUGUUUGGGGAACAUCACUUGUCAUGACAGUUCUUCGGUCUAUUGGUAAUGAACAUGGACAUGUAGGUCACAUAGGUCGUGUAGCUGCAUGGUGCUGGACAGAAACUGGACGAACAGGAAAGGCUGUCCACUUCUUUACCUUUUACACACCUCUGUGGGGCGCAAUCCUUUUCAAUGGGAUCACUUACUUUCAAGUUAUACGCAUGCUAAACAAUGCAACCCGUAUGGCAGUGGGCAUGUCAGAUCGGGGUUCCCAAUCAGAUACUCGAGCAGACAUGAAGGCUUUGAAUCGUUGGGGUUACUAUCCACUCAUUCUUAUAGGGUCGUGGAGUUUUGGCACAGUCAAUCGUAUUCACGACUUCAUCGAACCGGAUCAUAAGAUCUUCUGGCUUUCUGUAUUUGAUGUUGGAAUGGCUGCACUAAUGGGUCUUUUCAACUCAAUAGCAUAUGGCCUCAACUCUUCAGUACGGCGGGCAAUCUACGAAAGACUAGAUUUGUUACCUGAAAGCAUCAGAAGAUGGUUUCCGAAAAAGUUGAAGUCAAGAAGCCAACAACAGCAACACGAAAGUGAACUAGUCUCUUUGAGAAUCGAGGACCAGCGUCAAUAGCAACAUCAAUAAGAUGCCGAAAACGAGCUUAAAACACAACAAUCAAGUUUUUAUGAUUUAGGGAGAAAAGGGGCAACAAGAAGGUAUCUUCAAAGAGCUUCCAUUUCUGUAGAAAGAAACUAAUUAGCAUUUAUUAAAUUAAUGAUGUAAAAAAAAUUGUUACUGGUAGUAACCGAGUUUAUUGGACAGUUUUGGUUUUGGUAGCAGGUAUGUGUGUAUUUCUAACUAUUUACUUAACAAAAUUGUAUGGUCUAGAGGAGAGCUUAAUGAUAUAGAAAGUGACUUAUUUAAAAAC